AUGGACACAACGCCUGUGACGUUCGAAACUUUUGCAAAAGCAUAUGAAUGUAUCCUGGAAUGUGUUGAAGAUGAAUUUGGUAAACGAAAAAAGCAUUUAACAGCUAAUGAUCUCAAGCACGUUGUUAUAAUCCAUAAAACAUUGAUCAAUCGCGGUUUACAUCUCUCUCGAAUUGGAGAUAGCAUAUUAACUGAAAUAGUUGAUUCAUUAUUAUGCGAAUGGGAAGAAUCAGCGCCACCAUCAGUAGCAGUACAGCAGCUUGUUUCACUUCUCUCCAGGCCUAUUAUUAAGAGCUUAUUCUCCGUAUAUGAUAUAACUUCAAAUCGCACCUAUUUGCCACAAUUACCAGAAAUACCCUAUGAGGUUGAUGACGAUGAUGGUAUUGCUAUUAAACUGGUUCGAUUGGUAAAAGGUAAUGAAGCUCUUGGUGCAACUAUAAAAUGUGAUACUGAUGGAAAAGUGUAUAUUGCCCGUGUUAUAGCUGGUGGAGUAGCUGAUCGUAGCGGCAAUAUUCAGGUUGGAGAUCGGGUUUUGGAAGUGAACGGUGUCUCUGUUACGGGCAUGAGUCCAAAUGAAAUCGUCAAAUUGUUAGGUAACGAAAACAAUGAAAACGGCACAGUCACUUUCAAAUUAGAACCUGCUGAAAUACCUGCAGCUGUUGUGUGGAAUGAAUCGCGACACGUUCGUGCUUUGAUCGAUUAUUCUGGUAGUCGGGACUCCUUACAUCCUUGUCCAGAAGCAGCUCUUUGUUUUACCCGAGGGGAAAUAUUGGAAUUAGUAGUAACAGGUGAUGAACAUUGGUGGCAGGCACGUUCACUCGGACAUGGCUCAUUUGCCACACUACCAUUAGCAUCCGCUGUUAAUCAGCUUAAAAAACGAGUAGGUGUCAUUCCAUCGGAAGAAUUGCAACAAAAACAUCGCACUUUGAGAGAGAAUGAAAAGUUCAAGAUUGGAACUCGAAAGUUUCUGAAAACUGGCAAUGAGAUUGAUAGUUUAUUGUAUGAAUCAGUAUCAUUACUAUAUCCGAAGCAGUCUCUUAUCCGGCCAAUCGUUUUAAUCGGACCCCCGGGUGUUGGGCGUAAUGAACUUAAAAAGCGACUAAUUGCCAUCAACAGUGAUCGUUAUGCUACAAGUGUACCUCAUACCAGUCGUCCUCGACGUUCACAUGAAAAAGAUGGUGUUGAUUACCAUUUUGCUAAACGUGACAGCAUGGAACACUGGAUAAGACAAGGACGAUUCUUAGAAUAUGGAGAAUAUAAAGGAAAUUUAUAUGGUACACUUGCUGAUUCGGUUCAUGCUGUUAUCAAACAAGGUCGCAUACCUGUUCUGAAUACACAUCCUUUGGCAUUACGGAUUUUGCGCUCGAAAGUGUUCAAAUCUUUCGUUAUUUUUGUUAAACCACCGCCAUUUGAUAUUUUAAAGGAAACUCGACGUCAGCAUCGUGCACGAAACUUGCAAGCUACAGAUUCUGGUCAUCAUGGUACAUCAACACCAAUAUCAGUUCGCGGAUUUACAGAUUCAGAAUUUGAACAAAUGAUCUCAGCUGGUGAACAGCUUUUUCAGAUCUAUGGACAUAUGUUUGAUCAUGUGUUGACAAAUGCUAAUUUCGAGGCUUCAUUUGAGCAAUUACGAAACAUAGUAAAUAAAUUAGAGCAUGAACCAACAUGGGUACCUUCCGAUUGGGUCGAUUAA